UGUUUUUAACUUCCUUGUCCGUCUGCUAACACCGUCCCCUGUAGCUAGCCACGGGUACAGAGAGUUCCCUGUACAAACACCUACAAUAAUAGGACAACAAUAGCGCUUUUAAUUUGUUUUUUUUGUUUUUUGUUUUUUUUUACUUUUCAAUGGAAUAUGGCUUUGUUGACUGCCACUGUCACAUAUCAGCCCGUGAGUUUGAGGAGGAUGUGGAGGAUGUGAUCCUGAGGACCAGACAGGCCGGGGUCAAGACUCUCAUUGCAGUCACGGAGGGAGUCGGGGAGUUCAGCAGAGUUCUCCAGCUGCAACAACGUUUUCCAGAUCUGGUUUCUCCGUGUCUGGGCGUUCACCCUCUGCAGGGCGGCGAGGAGCCGCAGGAACGGCAGCGCAGCGCGAGGCUACAGGACCUGGAUGCUGCUUUGCCUCUGAUCUACAAACACAGAGAACGUCUCACUGCUGUUGGAGAGAUCGGUUUAGACUUCACGCCGUGGUGCGCUCCCACUCAGCAGCACAGAGACGACCAAAUGGCCGUGUUUGUGAAGCAGCUCGACGUCGCCAAAGAGCUGGACCUUCCUGUAAAUGUCCACUCGCGAUCAGCUGCUCAAGUCACCAUAGAGACCAUGAAAGCACAAGGUAUCGGCCGCGCUCUGCUUCACAACUUUGCGGGGAAGCCGUCGGUAGCUCUGGAAGGCGUGAACGCCGGUUACUACUUCUCCUUCCCGCCUGCCGUCUGUAAGAACCAACAGAGAGACAAACUGAUUGCACGGAUUCCACUGGACAACAUCUGUCUGGAAACAGAUUCUCCUGCUCUGGGGCCUGACGGCGCGCAUGUGAGGAACGAGCCCUGCAACAUUGUUCUCUGCUGCGCUUAUGUCGCCAAAAUCAAAGGCCUGUCACCUCAGAGGGUUCAGUUUGUCACGGCGCAGAACGCCAGAAGACUCUUCUUUCCCGGAGCCGAGUUCUGAGGACACGCCUCUUCGAGUCGCAACAGUUUUGGACCUGAUCUCUGACGACCAGGGGCCCGUUUCAGAAAGCAGAGGACGUUGCUGUGGACACGCAGUGAGUGGACGGAUGUCUCACGGCUUUCUCUGAAGUGUCUUCUCUCUGGGAGUUUGGCAGGAGGAGGAGGAGGAGGAGGUUCCUCUGAGCGGACGCUCCUGCGGAGUGGCGCUCCGGCUCCGGUCAGAGCUUUGAGGAGCAGCGUGCUCGUCUUCAGGUGCUGACGGUAAUGUCUCCUCUGA